AUGAUCCCCCUCCGAUCCUCUCUGUUGAGGCCAGGAUCGGCUCGGGACUCUUCGAUUCUGUGUUCUCGAUGCUUUGGGCGUCUGGCUCGCAGCGUUCAACCGCCCUCCGUAUCCCGCGGGUUCCUUUCGUCCUCCCGUCUGAGAUCGGGUUCUGGAGUGGCUGAUGGCCAAUCUCCCUCGGUGACUUUUCAUAAGUCUUAUUUCUCUGCAAAUCGAACGGCAGAUGGUUCAUUGGGAAAGGAUGGGUUGCUCUCCUCAUUUUCCACCAAUUCCACCAUUUCCUCCCCCGCGAGUCCCGCCGCGUCGUCAAACGAGACCGUUUCAACGUCCAGCACCGAGAAAGCCAGCUCAGAGGAAUUGCCUCAUCGAAGGAGGAAACGCUUAAGGGAAGAAUCAACAAGGAACAAUGGCGCAGAACCCGUCAUUCCACCAGAUGCCUCUGCGCAAUUAUCGUCCUUUUCGUCUGCGCUCCCCGCAACCUCCCUGCGCCGUAAAUUGGCCGCUUUCCUCGCCCUCACAAAGCCUCGUCUUUCGUUCCUGAUCGUUCUAACGACGACUUCCGCCUAUGGAAUGUAUCCUAUCUCCUCGCUCCUCACCCUCGACCCGUCCAUAGCUCCGCUUCCUACCCUCUCAACCUCGACCCUGACCUUUAUCUACUUGACCACGGGUACAUUUCUGUCUUCUUGCAGUGCAAACACAUUGAAUAUGCUCUUCGAACCCAAAUAUGAUGCGCAAAUGUCACGAACACGUAACAGGCCGUUGGUUCGGGGUCUUCUCUCUCGCCGUGCGGCUGUUCUGUUCGCCAUUGGGACUGCUGUAUCGGGUCUCACGCUGCUCUAUGUCGGAACCAACCCUACGGUGACAGCGCUCUCGGCCAGCAAUAUCUUCCUCUACGCCUUCGUGUAUACGCCACUGAAAAGAAUUCAUGUGAUCAACACCUGGGUGGGUGCUGUUGUGGGUGGUAUUCCUCCACUAAUGGGCUGGGUCGCUGCGGCAGGCCAAACAGCGACUACAGGCCAUGACACAUGGCGGGAUUUCCUCCUGAGUGAAGAUAGCAUUGGUGGUUGGCUUCUUGGUGGUAUCCUCUUUGCCUGGCAAUUCCCGCAUUUCAAUGCUCUGUCUCACGUUAUUCGUGAUGAGUACAAAGCGGCCGGAUACAAGAUGAUGUGCUGGACGAACCCCGCUCGGAAUGCUCGUGUUGCCCUCCGUUACUCCGUUCUGAUGUUCCCCAUCUCCAUCGGUCUAUGGUGGGUUGGUGUCGUCGGUCAUGGUUUCCUCGUUGGAAGCACGGUUGCCAAUGGUUGGUUGGUGAAAGAGGCAUACCGAUUCUGGAAGCACCAGGGCGCCAACGGAACCGCCCGCGGUCUGUUCUGGGCCAGUAUCUGGCAACUCCCAAUUCUCCUGGUCGGAGGCUUGGUCACGAAGAAGGGUCUUUGGGAUGGUGUUUGGAGAAACGCUUUUGGUCAACCGGAAGAGGAUGAAGAUGAUUAUCUCUACUAUGAAGACGAAGAAGAGAACGAGAGCCAGGGCAGAGCUGUUGUCUCCCGACAGACUGCCCAGUAGGGCUCCCUUAACCCUUUCAUAUCAGCGACAUGUUUUGUUCAGCUGAAAUGAUAAAUCUGGCGAAGACAGAGAUACUGGAGCAGUCAACGCGGCUUUCUUCACUCAUUUAUCCUUCGUUUAUCUAGAUUUACCCCGUCCUGUUUCGGUUUACAGGAAAAGGUGGUGGCGUUUGUUGUACAACAGGUGAU